AUGGGAGGUGGGGAUCACCACGACCAACUGGGCUGUGGGCUAAUGGGAGGAAUAUUCCCUCGCCGGAGUUUUUGGCAGCGAAAAUCAUCCGUAUAUUCAUUGCCAACAGAAAGUGGCAACAAAUGCUUGAAGGCUCUUGACAGUUCAAAAGAGCAGCCUAUCUGUAAAACAAAAUCAGAAGCUGCAAUUCUUGACACUGUCAAAUUACCUGAAAUAGGCCAAAAACACACCAGGAGGCACAGUUUAGCAGUUCCUUCAAUAACUUCUUAUCAGAAGAAUAAUAACGGUAGAAUAUCUGUUGAUUCUGCUGCUGCUGCUGCGAGAUGCUCAUCAUCAUCCUCGAGUUCGAGCCAAUUCAAAGCACCGCAGAACAAUGAAACUAAGCCAAAAAGAAUCUCCACAAGUGAUUCCAGAGAGCUAAGUGUGAUUCUUGCUACUAAUACUCAUCAGUCCAGAGAUAGUAAAGCUCUAAUUCGAGCAAAUUCCACUCCAAGCACAGUUACUACCCAUAAAAAACUUAGUUGUAAUGGUGUCAUGGGCAACAUAGUCAGGCAGUCCAGUGGCGAGUUUCGACAUUGUCAGACUCCGACAAGUAAAAUGGAUCCUGAGAUUCUAAAGAAUAUGGGAAAUGAGAAGUACAAGAAGGGAAAAUUCGAAGAGGCGUUGGCUUUUUACGACAGAGCAAUUUCUCUUGAUUCGAGUAAGGCAGCAUAUCGGAGUAAUCGAAGUGCUGCUUUGAUAGGACUAGGCCGGACAAUGGAAGCUGUUUCUGAGUGCAAAGAAGCUAUUAGGCUCAAUCCUGCUUAUCACAGGGCGCAUCACCGAUUGGCAACACUUUAUGUCAGAUUAGGAGAAGCAGAGAAAGCAUUGUAUCAUUACAAGCAAUCAGGUAUUUAUGCUGAUUCUGAAGAUAUUUCUCAAGCUCAGGCCCUUCGGAAGCAUCUGAACCGGUGUAUCGAAGCUCGAAAGUUACAGGAUUGGAAUAUUCUACUAAAGGAGACUGAUCGUGCAAUUUCCUCAGGUGGUGAUGCAUCUCCACAGGUUUAUGCGAUGCAAGCGGAGGCCUUACUGAGAUUGCACAAACAUGAAGAGGCCUACAGAGCCUACCGAAGAGGGCCAAGUUUUAGUGUUGAAUCUUUCACCAAGUGCUUUGGUCUGCCUGUUGCUACUUAUCUCUUCACUGUUGGGGCACAGGUUUAUAUGGCUGCUGGCAGAUUUGAAGAUGCUAUGGCUGCUGCUCAGCAAGCGGCUUGUCUUGAUCCAAGCAACAGAGAGAUCAACAAAGUCGUGAAAACUGCUAGAGCAGUAGCAUCUGCAAGACUAACUGGGAAUUUGUUAUACAAGGCAGAAAAAUUCUCUGAGGCCUGUAUUUCUUACAGUGAGGGACUAGAAUAUGAACCUUUUAACUCUAUUUUACUAUGUAACCGCGCCGCUUGUCUUUCGAAGCUUUAUCAAUUUGAAAAGGCCAUAGAAGACUGCACUGAAGCUCUUAGGUUGCAGCCAAACUAUAGCAAAGCAAGGCUCAGAAGAGCACACUGUAAUGCCAAGAUCGAAAGAUGGGAAGCUUCAAUAGAAGAUUAUGAGAUGCUGAUAAAAGAGAGUCCGGCAGACGAGGAGCUGGGCAGAGCCUUGUUUGACGCAAAGAUUCAGCUGAAGAAGCAGCAUGGUGAAGACAUCAAAGAAAUGAAAUUUGGGUCUAAUUUAGUGUUCAUAUCAAGCAAUGAACGUUUUAGAUACUUUGUAAAAUCACCUGGAAUGUCUGUGGUUCUUUUCUGUAAUAAAGAGAAGCAUGAGCAAGUUUUGCAGCUGAUGCAACAAGUCUGCAAGAUAUUUCCAUCUGUCUACUUUCUCAAGGUGGAAGUGGAAGAUCAUCCGUGCUUAGAAAAAUCAGAAAGUGUAACAUCUCUACCAUCUUUCAAGAUUUACAAGAAUGGAUCAAGGGUUAAAGAAAUUCCAGGCAACAACCGCCAUUUAUUGGAAAAAUCAGUCAAACUGUACAGCAGUUGAUACAUAACUACCAAAACGUAUAUAGUACAUGAAACAGAGAGAUUUAAUUACGAUUUAAAAACAAAGAAGAAAGCCUCAACAUUAAUUAUACAAAUUAAUAUUGGGUUAAAGCAGCAUUUGGUCCACAACUUUGCCAGCCAUCAAACAUAAAGAACAAGAAAAAAAAAGUUAAAGAAAACUUAUGUUAAAUAAAUGAGAAGAUGAUUUUUGAGAGUUUCUUUUGUAUUUUGUGAUGAUAAUUAAGAGGUUUUGUUUUGGGCUAAUUACUUAAAAACCACUCACUUUGUAACUUUUUUUCAUUUAUACCACGACCUAGGAAAAUUUUCAA